AAUUCGGCGCGCGCGUGUGCGUCAUCAUGAUGCGACAUGUAUUAUGAUUCGGUCCUAAUGAUUAGCAAGGGUUUAGGAUCAGUUUUACGAUUUAACCGCGUCAGUAUAUAUGGAGAAAUACGCGUCAUUAUAUAAAGAUUCGACCGAUGCCACGAAACAGCAGGAAAGACACUAUUAUCUCCUGUCCGAGCUUCAAAUACUGGUAAAAGACUUGCCCAGCUGGUUUCAGCAGCGCUUGUCUUACACAACACUGAGUGAUUUGGCACACGCUCUCAUAGAUGGCACUGUGUAUGAGAUUGUUCAUGGUUUAUUGGACAUCCAGCACCUUACUGAGAAAAACCUGUACAACCAGAGGCAGAAACUUCAUACUGAGCACAGAGUUCUCAAGCAUGAGUUGAUCCGGAAACAGAAAUUAGCCCUGCAGACCUGCAAAUCUCAUAACCUCAGUGUACUAAAAGCAAGUCAGCGGGCAGAAACAGAGGGUCUGGAGCAGCGUGUAAAAGAUGAGCAACGAAUGAUGGAUGAGAAGAUUGUGGCAGAGAUGGAUCAGAAGGUCCUGGACCAACAAAAUACUCUUGAGAAAGCUGGAGUUCCUGGUUUCUAUAUCACUUCCAUCCCACAGGAAGUGACGAUGCAAAUAAACUUACUGGAGUUGAUCCUGAAGCUACAACAGAAGGAGUCUCAGUCUGGAAAGCUGCCUUGAGAGACUUUAUUAGACUUUACUUUUUAUAAGACCCAAUUUUGUUGAUGCUAGGAACUAUGAUCCAUAGUUGUAUAUUAUGCUGUCUGUUGAUGUCAGCAUGUGGACUAGAAUUGCCCUCUAGUCUGUUCAUGAAAUUUGCACUGGGUCUAUGGGGGUACAGAUCACUUGGUAGCUGGCCUGCUGCCAUGAAAAAAAUAUUCACUUUACUCAUGCAACAUUUUUGAAUCCUAUCACAAAUCAAAUGAUGUUUGCUUCUGCAUUGCACACCAGACACUCCCUACUAUUAGUCUAUACUACCACCAUAUUUAAAGCAAUGUUAAAUAUCAAUGAGACAAAACACUUUUCACUGUGUUAGAAUGCAUGUUGGUAUGCUCACAAAUUAAAAAUAAAUUCAUGGACUUUA